AUGGCGAAUACGUCCCUCUCUGAGGCCUCGAUGUAUAGUUGCGGGCCACCAGGAAUUUGUCAACCGGGAUCAGCUCUAACACCUCCCAACCGCCGACAUAGCUCACCAACAAGCUGGUCAAUACCAGCAGGAGUAUAUACGGCUCGCGAGCUGGUCCGACGCUUCGCGCCCUUGCUAGACACUGUUGUGCAUCAUCUGGGCCCUGACCCGCCAAAUGAAAAGCCGGCACGCAUCGUCCUGCUAGACAAUGUCGCCGCCAAUCUAUCCACCGACAUGCGGGAGUCUUCACUACCCUUGUACGAUCUCUCAGACAUCAGUCGCCGCGAGAUUAGAGACCAAGCCCGUCGGAUAGGUCAGGUACUUGUCCAGUGGGCACGCGAAUACGCGCACGAACCAUAUGAUCCGGACCUACACCUGCGCGGCCCCGGCGAUGGCCAUCUUCUCCUCCCGUCCAGUCUGACUCUAAUGUAUGCUCGUUGUACCCGGCCACAUCAUAUGCAACUUCUCAAUGAAUACAUGCGUCAGAUGGUGGUUCUACGUGACGCGCUGCUUCCCUUUCAGAACUUUUACGCAGUCCCGAUCCCAGUCGACGGCCGGGCUCGCGGCAUUCGUCACCUCGAAGCACCACGAGAAAGGUUUCUCACCACCGUGUUCGCCGGACACAUCACACAGGCCUCUGUUGUGUCCUUAGCUCGGGCAGUGCUCGCCCCAGACCUUCCCGUCACAAUGACGGGCGGCUACGGCUUCCAGUAUACGCAUGGUCUGAUCCUCCCUGCCAUCCUGGCAGGCGGUGUGGUGCCAUACCAUUUGUUGCGAUAUGUGCCGUCUAAAAUAGAUUCUGCAACAAUGGAGGUUCUCUUCGACUACCAUUUCCCCGAUUAUCACGAGGCGCCCCGCGGAGACAUACCAGCAGGACCGCCGACGAUAUUAACCCGCUACCCAAUCGACCUUCCGAAUCAAAAGGAGGAGCUCCAGACAGCCGGCAUAGGGCUUCAAGUAGGGUCCUCGACGUCGGCUGUCCGGGGUCUCGAGCUGCGUCUGGAGUUCAAAAACGGCGACACAGCAAGGGUAGAUGUUGGGCAAAUCGCCCGCGGACUGCGGCACUCGUACGAGGCACUCGAAGAAACACGCGAUAGUACAACAAACCAUACCGUUUUCCUGCACUCGGCGUCCGAGAUCCUCAUCCAGCCCGGAUGGGGACUGAGCACAACCAAGAUGGUUGGAUUCCAUGUUAUACCGGUCGACGAUCCGACGAUUGCCUUGGCUCUGUUGGGGAAGUUGUACCCUCGAAAUGUGAUUCUCCUCCCGAAUGAUGAGCAAUUAGGACAAACAGAUGAUGUUGGGGAGGACUCUGAAGCGAAGUUCGUCAUUUGGGGAGGGUUUAAGAGGGGAGGACUUAAGGGUGUGUUUUAG